UGGCCCCAGCACCCGCGCGGAGUUCAGGCCUUGGCGGCUUUUCCCCCAGAGCAGCGCGUGGUCUACGCGGCAGUUGCUGGGCGCCGGGACUGCUCCCGGGGUAGCGAGGGAUGCUGAAGGAAUUGUAGCUAUCCAGACGUAUAAUGAGAGGACUCAUACCAGAAUACAGUCACUGUAAUCCUUAGACACCUGGAUUACCACAAUUACUUCUGAUUUAUACAGGAAUGUAACUGAACAUAGAGUAAAUCAAUGGUGGAAAUUAUUUCAGUGCAUAAAAUAAAGAACUGAGUUUUCUGAUGUAUUGCUCUUAAGCAUGUACACCACAGAACCACAAAAUGAACAUUUGGAGGAUAAAAACACCCCAUCAUCUACAACUCCUCAGAUCCUCAAAGAUAGUAGUAUUCGUGAACAUGAAGAAACUAAGGAAAGUGUCUUGUCACAAACAAAGGAAACAAAACCACAGAAAGAAAAGAAGUAUUCUUGUCCUCCACAAGGAAAUUUGAAUAAAGUUAUUACAAACGGAGUUGCACUUUUUAUGUUAUGGUGUGUAGCCUGGUCAUUCUCAGGCCCCGAAGUUCUCCCUGGUGGAAAUUUAUUUGGACUAUUAAUUAUUUUUUGUAGUGCCAUGAUUGGGGGGAAAAUUUUGGAACUCAUUAGAAUACCUUCAGUGCCUCAACUUCCACCUCUUCUUGGGAUGUUACUGGCAGGUUUUACCAUCAGGAAUGUUCCAUUCCUCAGUGAUUACAUCCAUAUUAAUAACACAUGGUCUUCAACUUUAAGAAACACUGCCCUUACCGUUAUCCUAAUACAAGCUGGGCUUGGACUCGAUCCACAGGCUUUGAAGCAUUUGAAGAGAGUUUGUUUAAGAUUGGCUCUAGGUCCAUGCCUCAUAGAGGCAUGUUCAACUGCUGUUAUUUCCCACUUCCUUAUGAAUUUUCCCUGGCAAUGGGGAUUUCUUUUGGGUCUUUCUAUUAGUUUUGUAGUAGGCGCUGUCUCUCCUGCUGUUGUUGUCCCUUCCAUGCUACUUUUGCAAGAAAAUGGAUAUGGUAUUAAGAAAGGCAUUCCAACCUUACUAAUAGCUGCUAGCAGUUUGGAUGACAUCAUCGCAAUCACUGGAUUCAGUGCGUGCUUGAGCAUAGCCUUCUCCUCAGGCAGUGUACUUAAAAAUAUCCUCGCCUCUUUCCGGGACAUACUUAUUGGUGUGCUGGCAGGAGCUAUUUUGGGAAUUUUUGUUCGAUAUUUUCCAAGUGAAGAUCAGACAAAACUUUCACUGAAGAGAGCAUUCCUUAUUUUGAGUAUGUGUGUUUCCGCUGUCUUGGGCAGCCAUCAUAUUGGUUUACAUGCAGCUGGAGGAUUAUUCACACUAGCGUUGUCUUUUGUUGCUGGGGUAAAUUGGUCCACGGAAAAGAUUAGAGUCCAAAGAGUUAUUAAAACUGUAUGGUGUAUUUUUCAACCCCUUCUUUUUGGUUUGAUUGGAUCAGAAGUAUCUGUUACAUCUCUUAAAUCAAAUGCUAUUGGCAUUUGUGUUGUUACCAUGAGUUUGGCAUUAUUGGUUCGAAUUUCUUGUACUUUUUUAUUGAUGUGUUUUGCUGGUUUUAGUUUUAAGGAGAAAAUAUUUAUUGCUUUAUCGUGGAUCCCCAAAGCUACAGUCCAGGCUGUAUUAGGUCCCCUGGCUCUAGAAACAGCAAGCAUCAGCGCACCCCACUUGGAACCAUAUUCAAGGGAUGUGAUGACAAUAGCAUUUUUAGCCAUCUUGAUCACAGCUCCAAAUGGAGCUCUAAUUAUUGGCAUACUGGGUCCCAAAAUACUUGCACGCCAUGAUCCAAGCAAAAUCAAUGUGAAAUUGACAAAAUUAGAUCUUCAUUGAAAAGUUUAUUUGCCAUCACCUGCCUGCUUCUUUUAAUAAAUUAUCUUACAUGAGAGAAAAGUUAAAACAUACAAGUGUGUGGAGAUUGUACAUAGAACCAAGGAUUUAAUAAAUGUGUAAUUUCAUUACA